CCAAAAGUACACUUCCCUUAUACCCAAAAUCGCGAAACCCAUUUUCUCUCUCUCUCUCUCUCUCUCUCUCUCUCUCUCUCUCCCCUCCCUAAACCCACAGGCCUCAAGGCUUUAAUCUUGUUCGGAAGAUCUGGAGUUUUGUGAUUAGGGUUUAUCAAAUUUUCGAAUUUUUUGGUAAUUUUUGGAAGUGAAAAAAUGAAAAGAAGUUGAAGUUGAUGGUUUUGGAAAAUACCCAGAUAAAAUCUCUCAAUGGAUGAGCAAAAGGAUACGGAUGUUGCUGUGGGUAGUGGGUCAGAGUCCACUGUGAGUGUAAGUAGACAUGUAGCUGGUGAAACCCUAGCUGGGGCCGAGGCUUGUGUGAGUGAGGGUCAGGUUGAGGGGUCUUUUGUGGAGGAUGUUGGUGACGAUGAAGGCGGUGAUUGUGAGGGGGAUGAUAUAAUGGUGGAGGUUCUGGGUUCUAAUGUCUAUGUUGGUGGAGUUUGCACCAAUGGGGAUGGGGGCGAUGAGGGGGUGGGACGUGAUGAGUCGGUUGAGGUUGAUAUGGGGUCGGAGGGAAAUGUGAGAUCUUCCGGAGGAGAUGGUGGUAAAGUGGGUGAGCUGGAUUCUGUGGCUGCAGACGUUAGUUCAACAGUUAUAGAAACCCAGGUUGUUCAUUUUGUGGAAGCUGAGAUGGUUGUGAGGCAGGAUGUGGAUUUAGAGGAAGUUAAUGUUUCGGAUGAAAAAGCAGAGGAUGCCACAGCAGAAAAUGGACUUGGGGGUUCCUUCAUUGGACCUGUAGGUAGUGAAACACAAGUUAUCGUCAGUGAAGUAGUUGUGAGGGAAAGUGUAGAAGUUUCGGGGGUGGAUUGGUGGAGGUUGUGGAACAUGAAAAGAAGUUGGUUGUUGGUGAGGUUGAUGCACUCAAUGAUUUGAAGGCACAAAAAGCUGGUGUUUCAGAUGAUGAAGUAUGGAAUCCUGGAAUUGAAAAAGCUACAGUGACUGUUAAUGAAGAAGGUAAUCCCAAACCCUCAGGUGAACAAAGCCAAGUUUCUGCUGGUGGUGGUGAUGUUGCCGGGGUGGACAUUGUAGAUAUUCUGACUUCCAAAGUUGCAGGUAAGGAAACUGAUAAAACUAACGAAAAUUCGAGUAAACCAGUUGAAGAACAGCUGGUUAAGAUUGAGCCAGUAGGUGGUAGCACCCAUAGUGGCAGCAAUGUAC